AUCCAUUGCUUCCGGUGUGCUGACGCUGCUGGAAUUCGGUUGACGUCGCCAUUUAUCUAGUGAGCGCUGGGAGCGAGAGUACGGUGUGAAGGUGUCUCUGCUUUCAGAGCUUCAAAGGCUCCGGCGUUACUCCUGAAAUUCGGGUUAUUGUUCGGUAUACCUGGUCAGUUCACGUGACUAGAGAUGGAAGCUGCUCUAAAGUCAGCUUACUUGAAUCUUCCUGAGAAACCAAAAUGGUUGGAUGAUAUUAGAAAGGUCACAGAGCUGGGAACGGGUGAAUGUUAUGAAGACUUUCGCGGACUGAAACCAGGUGGAAAAUAUUUGCAACUGGUAUCAGAUAAAGUGAAUCUUCAUAGAGGAAAGGCUGUGAAAUUGCCAAUGGACAUUCCACUAGUAAUUGGGGGCCUGGAUGAUACUGUUUACUGGGGAAGGCCUGACCUGCUUAAAUGUUGGGAAGAUCUCUAUUUGCCCCAGAGAAUGGAUAUGGUGGUCUUGGGCAUGAUUGAAAGUUAUCCAUGCCUGGCGCCAGGGCUUCAGCUUGUCAUCCUCGCUGGUAAGGAUGGUUCAGUAUUUGCCUAUGAAGAAGAAAUGUUGCACAAAAUUGCCAGUGAUUUGGAAGAGCUCUUCUGCAAAGGUCCAGUAUUUCCUGGAACUGAAAUCUAUGAAUAUGGCAGAGGUUUCAGGCCAAAGAAUAACGAAGAAUAUAUGGCAGCCCUCAAAGAAGCUGGGUUGGAAAAGAUCUCCCAAGAUACAAGGAACUUCAUCAGCAGAAAUGCAUCUGAAAUGAAGAAGCUGGUUGAUGACUUGGAUUUCUUGUGAUAUUUUAGGUCUGUCAGUGAGUGGAACAGUGUUACUACUUGGACAGCCAGGUUUGUGUGCGCUGUUUUGCAGCUCAGGACAUUGUUUCCAAGAAAGGUAUUUCAUAGUUCCAUUGUCCCGUUCAUGCCCAGUAACAUGAUCACAAUAUCAUCUGACAUGUCCUUGCAACUUGUCAACAUAAGAGCUGUGACAAAAUUAACCUUAAAUGACUGAGACCAUGUGCUGUAGCAUCUCAAUAAAAAAAAACAAAGAACUGCAGAUGCUUACAAUCAGGAACACAAACAUAGUUGCUGGAAAAUCUCAGCAGGUCCGGCGGCAUCUGUGAAGGAAGAAGAAAGUAUACAUUUCUGAUCUGGUGACCCUUCCUCACUGAACCUGAAACGUUAACUCUGUUUUUUGCUUUCACAGAUGCUGCCAGACCUGCUGAGCUUUUCCAGCAACUGUUUUUGUUGUUGCAGCAGCUCAUUUGAAAGACUUACAAUGAAGGGGAAGCAACUGUUUAUUUUAAAGUUACCGUGUAACUAAUGAAUGUUAGUUUGCAACAAUUUGCACAUGAGGUUAAUCUUGACUGAAGAGUCAGUGUUAGCUUGCUUUCUCUCUGUGGAUGCUGCCUGAUCUGCACGCUCUCUCUUUUUUCAGUACACGUUCAAGCAUCUGCAAUAAUUUGGUCCGACAGGGUGAAUCUUUUAAAUUAAUCACCCUUCAGCUAUGUACUGAGGUUUGGAGUGACCUAAGUCUUGCUCGAAAUAACAUCACGCUAUGUGGUAACAUUUCCCAUGGAAUGCUGAUGUGUCUAUUUGUAUAAUUCAGAAGUUUUCUGAAUAGACUUUAAUGGGUUUGGGAAUAAUACUUAAUUUAGGAAUAGGAAUUAAAAUUAAAAUGUAAAUUUAUAGAUCUCUUUGACUUGCGUUAGUACACUUCAUGUGUAUGCAUCAGUUCUGAAGCUGAGCAGCUGUUGUUCUGCUCUAACUGUAAUAAAAUAGCUUCCAUUUUGGAUCAGUCCUCUUUUUGAGUGAAAGUGACAAUAAACAGCAUCACCUAG